GAUUCAGCUGACUAAGGGAACGCCUUGCGCAUGCGCCGUCGGGUCCUCUUAGCGCGUCUCGACCACGUCGGUGGCAGCAUUCACACCACAACAUCAUGGCCGAAAUUGAGCUUGAUAAUGACUUUGAGGGCCAGGGUGACUCUGGUGCUUCGACCACAUUCCCCAUGCAGUGCUCAGCUCUGCGCAAGAACGGCUUUGUCAUGCUGAAGGGCCGUCCCUGCAAGAUUGUUGAGAUGUCAACCUCCAAGACUGGCAAGCAUGGCCAUGCCAAGGUUCACAUGGUCGGACUGGACAUCUUCACUGGCAAAAAGAAUGAGGAUAUCUGUCCUUCCACCCACAACAUGGAUGUCCCUGUUGUCAAGCGUGCAGACCUUCAGCUGAUUGAUGUUGAAGAUGGUUACUGCACUCUGAUGGACGACAAAGGCGAGACUCGCGGUGAUCUGAAGGUACCCGAUGGUCCCCUGGGACAGCAGAUCCAGAAGGACUUUGAAGAUGGCAAAGAACUGCUGUGCACUGUAUUGAAGGCAUGCAGCGACGAGGUCAUCAUUGCCAGCAAAGUCAACAACUCUGCCUAAGUCGACGAGCAGCGGCCGCCGACAGCCAGCCACCCGACCGCCCCCAGCCAAUGACCAUGACCGUGCGCUGCUGCCUGCCGCGAGCGUCACCAGCGCCCGGCCGGAGCCCGCCCCGCCGCCGACCAGCCGCCGCGGCCCCGGGCGGAGGCGUGACCGACCCCGCGCGGGAAUCGGUGUCCGUCGACGAGACGCUGGCGUCAAACAUCCGGCGCCUCCGUCCCCGUCCGGCGGUCGACAGCGAGGACACGGCCAAGUCAUUCCGCGCGUCCGGCUGCUGUGGCUCUAACCGGCAUGCCAAUGGCCGUUGGCGUGCGCUUCGGCAAUGUUCCGUGCGAUUGAAACUAACAAGCUGGCCGCAGCGCAGGUUCGCUCAUUUUAGUUCAAUUCCAGCGAAAGUUGUGCUGUGUGCCGCAAGCGGAAGUCUCCGGCGGCGCAGUGCGAUUGUGGUUAUCGCAUCUCGGUGGCGAAUGUGUGGAAUACACUCGAAUCUCGGGACUUAC